AUGGAGGCAAAAUCGAUGUCCGUUGCCGAAUACACUAGCCUCUUAGAUGGGACGGACGUCGACCCUAUCGAGCUUCUAGGAGACGAUUAUGAGAGUUUUGGAAAAGGUAUCAGAGCUAGCCGUGCAAUGGUAGAGACGUGGAUCAUCUCAUUUGAGAUGAUUCGUCAACAAGAUCCUUACGCAAGCGAUUUACUCUCACGCAUGGCCUUCUUCGACAGGCAGGCAAUUCCAAGAGAGUUUCUCGCAUACGAUGAAAAGAACGCAGGCCAGGAAAUUGAUGAGCGGGUACUCACCAGCGCGCUAGGUACACUGAAGAGGUUCUCUUUCAUCAGUACAGGGAAGGACCAGACCUUUGACAUGCACCGCCUAGUGCAACUGGUAUCGCAAAAGUGGCUUAUACGGGACAGAAUGGCUGAAAGGUUUGCUAUCGAAGCACUAAGAGCAGUAUCAUAUGUUUUCCCAGAGGCGACAUAUGAGAACUGGGCGACGUGUAGCAAAUAUCUGGCGCAUGCCACAGCGGUUUUACGAUCCGUCAAGCCAGGCAAACGCCAGAUCAGGAGAGAUAGGGUCCAAGUUCUCGAUAAGAUAGCUUCAUACUUCGAAAUCGUUGGGGAAUGGAAAUCUGCAGAGGAGUAUCUAAUAGAAGCUCGACGACUGACCGCGGACAUCAAAGGACAGGGACAUCUUGAUACACUGGUUUAUACAGCCAGAUUAGCGUCAACAUACUGGAACCAGGGACGAUGGGAUGAGGCUGAGACUCUAGAAGUACAGGUGCUAGAGAGGAUGAAGAAGAAGCUUGGCGCUGACCAUCCAGACACACUGACCAUUAUGGGCAACUUAGCUUCAACAUACUGGAACCAGGGACGAUGGGAUGAGGCUGAGACUCUAGAUGUACAGGUGCUAGAGAGGAGGAUGAAGAAGCUUGGCGCUGACCAUCCAGACACACUGGCCAUAUGGGCAACUUAG